GACGUCGAGUCAUUUAACGUGUCAACACCUACGUUAAAAAGCCAGGCAGAGGGAAACACAAAUUUUCCUACAGAAGUUCACUGUGUAUCUUUAAAGAACAUUUCACACGACCGCAGCUGAAACGAAGUGCUGUACAAUCAAAAUGGUAAAAACACAAACACUUAAAAAUACCAAAGACGAUAGACAACUCCAAUACUGAGUUAAAAGCUAAAGAAUAAAAAUGAGUUUUUAAAGAGCUUUAAACACGAAAAGCGCUGUUGCCCGACGAAUAUGGCAGAACCAAGGGCAUAACAUUGGGUUGAGCAUUUGGGGGGGAGGCUGUCUCCACCCAUUUAAUGGAGUUCAUGGGGUUGUAUUGGUUGGCUUUGAUUAUUAUUGUAACCCUCCCAUCCUCCCAUAAUUUACGCCCAUGUGUAGAACCCUUAUCCUUCUAUGAAAUAUUAAAUUCGCAUUCGUUAAUUAUCCAAAAUAAUACUAAUAAUAAUGCCAAGUGCGGGAUUUGUCAGCAUUACACGUAGGCCUAUACUUCACUUUCUAAAGUAACAUACAAGAGCGUAAUGACACAUUGUUCAGAAAUGCUAAAAUUAACCGACAUCGCAACGCUUAAAACGCAUAACACAGAAUCAAAAAUGCAGACAACCGCACAAAGCAACCGUGGAAUAUCUGUGGGAUUUCAUUUUCCCAAGCGUACAAUUUAUAAAUAAUUCGAAAUAACCCGGAAUUAUACAUGUAAAUAACACUUCUUGCCUGAGGCAACCGGCUGACAACACGUAAGGUUGGUCUCUCGCUUUUUCUGCGACAGGGGAAGUGGUUACGGUAAUAGCAUAGGAAUGCUCUGUACAGAAAGAAGAAGCGCAUCAACGUUUAAAAAGCGACCAGUCCAGCUCAGAUAAGAUAUGGCGAGCACCAUGGCAGUCACCACGCUGAGCCCCCUGGUCAGUGAUGGCAAUAAGACUAACUGUUCCUUCGAUAAGGUGGACGAACUGAUGACAUCUCUUCAGCUGGUCAUCUACAUUCCCAUCUUUGUAUUCGGACUCCUGCUGAACACCACAGCCUUGGUGGUAUUCUAUGUCCUGCUGAAGAAGUGGACUGAGACAACUAUCUAUAUGACCAACCUAGCGUCGAUGGAUCUGCUGCUGCUCUUCUCGCUGCCUUUUAAGAUGCAUGCCACCACCAAUAAAUGGGCUGUCAACAAGAAGCUCUUCUGCUCCUUCCUGGAGAGCCUGCACUUCGUCAGCAUGUACGGCAGCAUCUACACCAUCAUGUGCAUCAGCAUCGACCGCUACAUCAGCAUUAAGCUGCCCAUCCAGGCCCGGACACUUCGCUCCCCGCGAAUGGCCCGGGUGGUAUGCCUGCUCAUCUGGGUGCUGGUCCUCUCCGCCACCGUGCCCGUAUACAAGUUCCACAACGUCACGGGUACCGAAUUCCGCUGCUUCCACGGUUUCUCCGAUGACAGCUGGAACCCGAUGCUCAUCGCCAGCGUGGAGGUGUUCGGUUUCCUGCUGCCUGCGCUGGUGCUGGUGGUAUGCUCAGUCCAGAUCAUCCACACCCUGAAGAAGUCACAGGAGUGCAGUGCUAAGAGUCAGGCCUGUGCUCGAAUCAUCUACAGCAGCCUGUUUGCCUUCCUGGUGCCCUUUACCCCCAGCCAUUUAGGAAUCUUCCUGCAGUUUCUGGUGCGCCAGGGCUCCAUUAUUGACUGCACGACGAAGACCCAGAUCAGUCUGUAUAUGCAGGUGACCAUGUGCCUUGCCAACAUCACCUGCUGCCUGGAUGCCGUCUGCUAUUACUUUAUGACCAGGGAGAUCCGUUCUUCCAAAGACAUUCUCACCAGGUCCAUCAGUUACCGGAGGACCACCAGCAUGUCAGAAGUGUGAGACAUGCUUCCACUUUGCAUUUGCAACACCAGCAUGUGAGAAGUGUGAGAUAUGGUUAAUCUUUGCAGUUGCAUCUCCAUGCAAAGUGGAGCGGCCGCGCAAGGGGGAAGGCCGUGACUGUGCAGGGUGACCACAAUCCUCUGAGGCAGUGGUGGUAUCAGGAGUAUGAAAAAUGCAGUGACACAAGAUACUGGAAUGAGAAGCUUUCAGUGUCUCUCGUAUGAGGAAGAAGCCUUUGUUCUGUUGUUACUCUCAAUUUUUUUUUAAGAAUAUAAUUAUGCAGUGCAUAUGCCGUACGCUAUGCGUACAUGAGCAUAUGUGUCAAAUAAUGGUGACGGAAUAAAGGAACAUGGUGACAGUGA